CAUUCCUUCGUUUGAGAGAUCAGAACAGUCAAAGCUCUAAUUCCACGUAGAAGCUAUUGCGAUGGCUGAAGGAUGGCUUAUUCCGAGGACGUUAACGCUCUGUUCUGGCGCGUACACAUUUAAUAAGAGCGCGAUAAUUAAGCUGGACAUAAAAGGGGACCAGCACACCUACAUCGCAGGUUUCACCUUCAUGCUGGGUCUACAAACAGUGCUGCUCAACAUGUACGUGUUAGGCUACUACAGGGAGAAGAGGGAGGGGGUAUUCCCCCUGUACUACUUCAUCACCACGCUCUGUAACAGUAUCCUGGGUCUGGAUGCUGUCAUCCACACCAUCCUCCUCCUCCUCUACGUGCUCUACUCCCCUGAAGACACCCCAGGGUCCCAGAAACUCUUCAACUACCUCAUAUUUGUUACCUACACGCUCACCUCCACUGCUAGGAACUCCAAGUUGGUCUACAAUACUAUUCUCAUAUCGAUGAGAGCAGUCAAGUACUGCAGUCCCACUCAUGUCUUCUCAAGGAGGACAAGCUCUGCUGUUAUCUUACUGUUCCCCAUUGGCUGGAUGCUGUUUUUGGCGGGAACUCUCGACUUCCAGUUCGCUCUUCCAGCAGAGGUAAACAUGCAACAGUACAUCUACUACCCAGAGCGAAACACUAAGAAAAAUAGUCUCAGGAUAGUGUCCAUAUGUAUCCUGUACGUCCUGCCUCUAGGCAUCAUACUCACCAGUCUGGCAGUGUGUCUCUACAAACAGAGACAGAAACACAGAGCGGACUACCUGCACAAACUCAAGGCAGAUCAAACUUACAGAGGUGUGGUCCAGCAGCCAACAUACGGUCAGAGCAAGGUUACAGAUGUGGCUCUGACGGCUCUGUUACUGGCAUGUUACCUGCCUUAUGUGGUCCUCAUGCUAAUCGAUGUUGCUUACCCUAAAUCCGACAAAAAGCCGAACUGCACCAUCUUGUUCAUUACGGGUGUAAUCCUGCCCUUCAUGAACUCUGCCUUCGAUCCGGUCAUCUUCAUCACUUAUAACGUGGAGAUGUCCGGCCGGAUUUCACUCCGGAUGCGCACAUUCUCCGGCUCGUGCUGUAACUUCAGAAGAAGGCACCCGGUUAACGUCCGGUUCGAUGUGGACCCUGGGAUACGGACGAUGACUUUGGGAAACAGCGAGAGGGCGAGGGGCAGCAUGUGCAUUAUGAAGAGAUGGGAAGACCCCGCUGUUAUCGAGUACAAGGAUUCGUCGGGCUCGGAGAGCGACAGCAGUUUGGAGAGCUUCGAGCACUAUGUAAAGAAACACAAAUCUAGAAGGUACAGAUAAGGCACAUGUUCCGUGUUAAAACAGCUACUGAGACAUGGCUUCAGACCAAGUCCUUCUCACCACGUUCAAACCGGGGUCGAGGGCAAGAGAGCAACAACUUCAAAGAUGGAAGGGAGUGAUGACUGUGAUAAUGAUGACUGUACAACAAUUUUACGAAAAGUCUGAAGUGAUUUGAUGAAUUAAUGAAUUAAUGUUAUCUAUAUAUAUAUUGUAAAAU